AACUUCAGAAAUGGCAGCUGCUGAUUACCACCAGGCCUCUCUACCGGACUUGUUGCCUCUGUACUACCGCCGACUUUUCCCUUUCUCUCAAUACCACCGGUGGCUGAACUAUGGAGGAGUGACAAAGAACUACUUCCAGAAUCGAGAGUUCUCCUUCACGUUGAAGGAUGACAUCUACGUACGAUAUCAGUCGUUCAGCACACAGAACGAGCUGGAGAAGGAGAUGCAGAAGAUGAACCCGUACAAGAUUGACAUUGGAGCAGUCUACAGUCACAGGCCCAAUCAGCACAACACAGUCAAGUCGGGAUCCUUCCAGGCUCUGGAGAAGGAGCUGGUGUUUGAUAUUGAUAUGACAGACUAUGAUGACGUCAGAAGCUGUUGCAGUGGUGCAGACAUCUGCCCAAAGUGCUGGACUCUGAUGACCAUUGCCAUCCGUAUAUUGGACCGGGCCCUUCGAGAUGACUUCGGUUUCCAGCACUGCCUGUGGGUGUACUCUGGCAGGAGAGGGGUGCAUUGCUGGGUGUGUGACGAGGCUGCCCGGAAGCUCUCUGUGGCGGCACGCUCCGCUGUGGCUGAGUACUUGAGUCUGGUCAAGGGUGGAGAAGAGACGGUGAGGAAAGUUGUGCUGUCAGACCCAAUUCAUCCAUUCGUCAUGGAAUCCCUGACUGUGGUGGAGCGCUACUUCUCCCAGUACGCUCUGCUGGGACAGGACAUACUGGGUAGCAAAGAGGCUGUAGACAAAGUGCUGGCCCUUUUGCCUGAAGAUGUCAGAAAGAAGCUGCUGCAGUACUUCCAGACUGAAAAGAACCCUGAGACGCGCUGGGAUAUACUCAAAAGUAUGGCUCAAGACAAACGUACGACUGCCAAGAAGGGCCACUACUUUGAGAUGGAGAUCAUGCUUCAGUACUGUUACCCUCGGCUCGAUGUUAACGUCAGUAAAGGAGUCAACCACUUGCUGAAGAGCCCCUUCAGCGUUCAUCCCAAAACAGGGCGUAUCUCUGUUCCUAUUGACCUGAGAGAACUGGAUUGCUUUGACCCCUUUGAUGUGCCCACUAUCAGUCUGAUCUGUGAGGAGCUGGAUCAGCCCAAGACUGAAGAGGAGCAGGAGGACACCAUGGAGAAUGAGAAUAAAAAAGAAGCAGGAGAGCGGCGGAAGAUGAGAGACUACAAACGAACAAGCUUGGCGAAGUAUGUGAAACUGUUUGAUCAAUUCUUGGAGGGGAUGGCUCACUCAAGGAAAGGGGAGCUUCUUAAAAACAGUGAUCUUCAAAAGGACUUCUAACCCUGUGCGGUGUCCAACAAUAGUUGUCUAAUCUUAAACAAGCAUGUCAUAUUAGUUGUUAGUCUGACAUUUAAAUGAUGAACACACAUUACAUAUGCACUGUAAGCAAAUGCUUUCAGUUUGAGAAUUGUCAUGCAAGUAUAUUACUCUAUGAACAAUUGAAAAUCACAGUUGUGCAAACUUUUAUACGGCUUAUUGUUUUCUCAUUAAAUUGACUUUGUCCU